UAAAGCCAGUUUGGUAUAUUAACGAAAGACGUAGUUUGGUCGCAGGAUUAUCAUAAUUAUUAUCAAAUAACUAUCAUCAUUAUUAUCAACAACAACAACUAAUACUGCUACAACUUUCUUUGGUACUAAAACUACUGUUAAGUCUAUAAUAGAAUGCAAAUUUGUUCCUUUUACAAACAUGAACGUGUUUCGCAAAUAUAACAGCUUCGGCCAAACAUGGAUCCGGCUUUACCUUAUUUUAGCUUUUACUUCUUUUACGGUUUACGGAGAGGUCUACCAUUCUUGCGAGGAAGCUAUGAUUAGUUUGGGAACGAGUGCUGUAGAUGGUAUAUACCAGAUAAUGACUUCGUCUGGGCAUGCGGUUAAUCUUUACUGCCAUGGUAUUAAAUCUAAGAAUCCGAAAGAAUACCUGACUUUGCCGGCGGGAAGAUCUAAGAAUUAUGCGUCUGUGUAUAAUUACGUUAGUCUCCCGUAUGACUGUUACCAAAAUACUCCACGCAAGCUUUACUCAAAACGUGGACGAACUGAAUUCGUCAAAGUCGCUUUCGACAUUGCUGCUAACAGCAUAAUAAGAAAUGACUUCACUUUUACUCGCUCAUAUGGACCUAACAAUAUCAGUUACGGUACAGCUGGUGGCAUGUUCAGUCCCUUACCGCGAUGUCGACCUCAGGGCGUAUUCAGUAUUGAUCUGAGUGGAACACCUUUUAUAAUACACCAGAAAGCGAGAUGGAAAUGGGAAGGACACUUCCAAGAUGGCGGACGUAAUGGGACGGUAACAUUAAGCAAGUACGGUAAGUACAAGUCUAAGCGGCUGCAAGAGUUGCAAGACAUGUUUAUAUACUAG